GGACGGGUGCUCCCCCUGGCGGCGGGGGGGAGCGCAGCCGGCGCCAUGGCGGAGCUCGGCGCCCACCUGACGGUCGCCUCGGCCGGCGAUGACCGCCCCUCCAUCUUCGAGGCGGUGGCACAAGACGGCCUGAUGGCCGCCGUGAAACCCGCCCUGCAGCACCUGGUCAAGGUGCUUGCUGAGUCUAACCCUGGCCGGUACGGCUCUCUCUGGCGCUGGUUUGAUGAGGUCUACGUCGUGCUGGAUCUGCUGCUCCAGCAGCACUGCCUGGCCCGGUGCAGUGCUUCCUUCUCUGAGAACUUCUACGGCUUGAAGAGGAUAACUCUGGGAGACUGCAGGCAGCAGCCGCUGGCCACUGCCGGCCUGCCGAAGAGGCAGCACUGGAAGUCUCUCCUCUUGCUGGUUCUUGUUCCUUACCUGAAAGGAAAGCUCGAGAAACUGGUGUCCAGCCUGAGGGAUGAGGAUGAGUACUCCAUCCACCCUCCGUCAUCGCCCUGGAAGCGCUUUUACAGGGCCUUUCUGGCUGCCUACCCCUUUGUCAACAUGACCUGGGAGGGCUGGUUCCUCAUCCAGCAGCUGUGCUACAUCCUGGGGAAAGCUCAGCAUCACUCACCCCUGCUAAGGCUGGCUGGUGUGCGCCUCGUCAGGCUGACUGCAGAGGACAUCCAGGCCCUGGAGAAGAGAUCAGCUGCAGCCCCCUCAAGUCAGGCACUCAGCAUUAAAUCACGAGUGCAGUCGGCGGCGAGGAAGGCGCUGGGUGGUGCUGCCUUCUCCUUGUCCACUGGGCUGUCUGUCAGCAUCUUCUUCCUCCAGUUCCUGGACUGGUGGUACUCCUCGGAGAACCAGGAGACCAUCAAAUCUCUGACGGCGCUCCCCACGCCCCCGCCCCCGGUGCACCUGGACCACGCGGCCGCCUCGGCUCUCCUGCCCGAGCCCAAGACCGUUUGCCCUCUCUGCCGCAAGACCCGCGUCAACGCCACGGCCCUCUCCACCUCUGGCUUCGUGUUCUGCUACCGCUGCAUCUACAGCCACGUCAAGGCCCACCAGAGCUGCCCCGUCACAGGCUACGCCACCGAGCUCCAGCACCUGGUCAAACUCUACUCCCCCGAGAGCUGAAGGGCCUCUGCCCUGCGCUCCCCGAGAUGCAGCCCCGGGGCUGGCACAGCCUCGGUGCACCCCUUUCCUAUGUGCCACAGGAGCUGCUUCAACCACCGCAGCUCGUCGGGGAGCUCCAGAGCUCCUUUGGGCUUGGUGGUGCUUCGGAGAUGCCUGGCCACUGCCAGGCUGUGGUAAGGUUCUCCUGUUGGGUCGUUGCCUGUUCAGACAGUCUGGUUGAUCUUUCAGCUGUAGCAGUGUCAUUAAAGCCAUGAUUGCUCACAGCCAGAAGGUGGUGGUGAACAGCUCAACGUCCAGAUGGAAAUGGAUGACCAGUGGUGUCCCCUCAGGGGUUUGUACUGUUCAGUAU